UCCUUAACCAGGUCAUGGAGUCUCUCCUUCCGUACUGGCUUCAGAGGAAGCACCGCGUGCAGGUGAAAAGGCAGGUGCAGGCUCUAAAAGCCGACAUCGAUGCUACAUUGUACGAACAAGUUGUCCUGGAAAAAGAAAUGGGAACCUAUUUGGGUACCUUUGAUGAUUAUUUGGAGUUAUUUCUUCAGUUCGGUUAUGUGAGCCUCUUCUCCUGUGUUUACCCGUUAGCUGCUGCCUUCGCUGUGCUAAAUAACUUCACUGAAGUGAACUCAGACGCCUUAAAGAUGUGCAGGGUCUUGAAACGUCCGUUCUCAGAGCCUUCAGCCAGUAUUGGUGUAUGGCAGUUGGCUUUUGAGACCAUGAGUGUCAUAUCUGUAGUCACGAACUGUGCCCUAAUUGGAAUGUCACCACAAGUGAAUGCCCUCUUUCCAGACUCAAAGUUGGACCUCGUUUUGAUUGUGGUAGCAGUGGAGGUGAGUGAAACGUUAAACCUCUCAUAAAUAGUCUGCACGUCAGAUGCGCCUGUUAGAGCAGAGAUGACCCGCAGAGAGCGGUGACAUCGCUGAGUGUCCAGGACUGGCAGUGUGAGGACAUGCGUUUGCUGUAAGAAAGCCGGUGUUCCAGGCGGUGGACGGACGUGAGGACUGAGCUGUGCAC